CGUCUUUAAAAUUGUUGAAAAUUGUUUGAUUUAUAUUUUUCUAGUGAAAAGUGCUGUUUUUCGUAAUAAACUAGUAAUUAAGAGGAUAAUUUGAGAUUUAGUUUUGUAUCUAGGGUCCCUAGUUAUAUAAAAUCAAGAACCUAACUUUGGUGCGGUCAUUUUGGGGUAAUAAAUUGAUGAACAACAAAUGAACUUUGUUUAUAAAUUUAAGCCUGUAAAAAAGUCUGGUGUAUUAAUAAAAGAAACGAGUGUAUGGAAUAAAACAAACUAACAUUCCCAUGAAAAGUAUAAUUGUCAGCAGUUGUGAACAUUUUGUUUUGUCUGUUCAGUAUUUCAAUAUGGCCGAUUAAGCCUUAAGCACAUUUAACGCUUAAUCAAAUAAUGGUAUAAACCAACCAAAAUGAGAAUUGAUAAGUCUAGGGUGCGUAAAAGCACCUCAGAAGUACCAUUAGAGUGCCAGCAACUCAUUGAACGACUCCAAGCAUGUUCAAGAACAGAGUUGCUCGAGGAACUCUCAAAAAUCAACACCUGGACCUUUGGCAAAUGCGAAUUGCUGCACUGGGCUCAAGUCCUUGAUGUGUUUGACAAAAUUUUGGGAGAUGCUGCCAAAUUUUCUGACGAAAAUAAGUGGGCGCUUGAUUGUGAUACCAAAUACAACAGCACAGAUAAAAAACUGCUGCUAUGGAUUUUACACUUUACCACAUUGUUAAUUGAACACUCCUUUUCUCGACAUUUAUACAACUCCAUGGAACACUUGCUAGUGCUAUUGGAGUCCAAUGAUAUGGCUGUGGUUUUGGGCGUUUUAAAUUUACUGUACAUGUUUUCAAAGAGAAGUAAUUUUAUUACCAGGCUUAAACCUGAUGAGAAGGAAUGCCUUUUAUCACGCCUACACCAUCUUGCUGAGAACUGGGGUGGUAAAGAGAAUGGUUUUGGUUUGGCUGAUUGCUGUAAUGCGGAAAAGGGCAUUCCAGCUUCAGCCACAACUCUACAUGUGGAAUUUCACAGGGAAGAAAGUGAUGGAAAAAAAGACUCAAAAAACAAGGCUAAUUUAAAUAUAAUCCAUAUUGAACAUGUUGAUAAAAUACACAAGACACCAGCUGAAAUAAUGAAGUCACUCAUUACAAUGUAUUACGUUCCGGGGGAAAAAGAGAUGUGGCUAUUUACUCAUGUCAGAUUGGCCCAUCAUUUUGCCGACUACAGAAACCGGCUUUUGUGCGUCCAGGCGCGUUUGCAAGCACUGUCCGUGCUUGUUUAUUCGAAUGCCAUUCAAGAAUCCCCGUCAAACUUGCUCUACAACGGUUUGUUGGAGGAGUUGGUGGAGCUGGUCGAGCUGCAACAGCCCCAUCUGGUGGAAAUCAGAUCCGCCGCAUUGCGCACUUUGACCGCCAUCAUUCACUUGGACAGAAGUCCAAAUAUUCCAAAUAGGAGACCCGGUUCUAGGUUGAACAACAUUAUAGACGUGACCGGGGCCAGUCAGUACCACGGUUUCUUGCCUGUUUUGGUGAGAAAUUGCAUAACGACCCUCACGAACCAAGACGAAUCGCAGGCGAGCCUGCAAGAGUUGCCCGCUUCGGAUGAAGCCGAGAAAACGAGCACGCCCGAGGAGACUUCCGAAGCCGCUAAACUUAUGGAGUACGUUUCAGAUAUUGCCAUCACCUCUCAACUCUAUAACGCGUUGGAAACGAAGUUUCCCUUACCGUUGGCGACAGCUUUGUUUUCGUUUCUAUACCAUCUCGCCAGCUAUGAAUCAGGAGGUGAAGCUUUAGUGUCUUGCGGCAUGAUGGAGUCACUUUUGCAAGUUAUCAAUUGGCACGGAGUGGAAUUAGAACAUAUAACAUUUGUUACAAGAGCUGUAAGAGUGAUCGACUUGAUCACCAACAUUGACAUGCAAGCGUUUCAAAUUCACGGCGGCCUUCAGAGUUUCAUAAGCCGCCUGGACGUCGAAGUGAAUCUAUGCAAGAAAGAUCAACUGUACGAAAUUCAAAUGAGCAUCGCCGAUCAGUCCGAAGACGGGGCCAGCACUUCGAUGAGCAAUUCCGUGGUCUCGGAGGCGGGCUCGGCGGCCGGUCCAUCGGGCGCCGCCGCCCCCGAAGAAGACCUGUGCACCACGGUGGACUUGGAGUACGUGUCGGAGAACGCAGGCAAAACUUGCCUGCCCCAAAGGGCCGCGCUGCUAAAAUCGAUGCUGAACUUUUUGAAGAAGGCGUUCCAAGACAGCACGUUUGCCGACAAAAUUCGCCACCUCAUGGAGGGCACUUUGCCGAACUCGCUGAAAAACAUCAUCGCGAACGCCGAGUACUACGGGCCCUCGUUGUUUUUACUGGCCACCGAUGUAGUUACCGUUUAUGUUUACCAGGAACCUUCGCUGCUGUCCGCCCUUCAGGACAACGGUCUGACGCACGUUGUGCUCUAUUCUUUGUUAAUCAAAGAUGUUCCAUCCACAAGGGAAGUUUUGGGCUCGCUCCCCAACGUUUUCAGCGCGCUUUGUCUGAACAAUCGCGGUCUUCAGUCGUUUGCUAAAUGCAAACCCUUCGAGAAGCUUUUUAAGGUUCUAUUGUCGCCGAAUUAUCUUGUCGCGAUGAGAAGAAGACGCAGUUCGGAGCCCAUGGCGGAUACAGCCUGCAAUUUAGGUAAUGCAAUGGAUGAACUGAUGCGCCACCAGCCAAGUUUGCGUCAUGAUGCCACACUGGCCAUUGUGAAUCUUCUCCAAGAAUUAGUGCAUCUGGGAACAGACCCGAAAUAUGUGUGCUGGAGGCCUCACAGUAAAUCCGACAUUUCCCCGUCCAAUGCCUCGCGUUCGACUUCAAAUAACGAAAACUCCUCGGACGAAGAGGAGGAGGACGAAGAGGAAACAUCGACGUCCUCGCAAAACGCUCAGUCGGAUACGCAAGUGCAAGAAAACAGCGAAAGAACACCGAUCGCGUUGAUCGACUACAUUUUAAACUCCAUGAAGUUUAUCGAUGCCAUUCUGAGCAACAAUUCCACCGACGAUCAUUGCAAGGAGUUCGUCGAUAAAGGCGGUUUGGGCCCGCUGUUGAAAAUAUUAGGCUUGCCGAAUUUACCGGUCGAUUGUCCGCUGACCAAUCCGGCCCAAGCGGUGGCAACGGUGUGCAAAAGCAUACUGAACUUGGCGCACGAGCCGCAUCUCUUCAGGGAAGGUCUAUCGCAAUUGGGCGGAGUUCUGGACUCCCUCUCGAAAUUGUACUCGAAACUAAACGUACCGGGCGGCUCGAAAUUGCUAUUGGAACUGGCCAACGCUUCCAACAUCGAAAGCGCCUUCAGCACGGCAUCGGCAACGCCGCUUUUGCACGCCAUGGGCGCCGCGCACGGUUACGUCAUCAUGUUCGUGCACGUUUGCCGCACCGGACAGACCGAGAUCAGGAAUUUGUCGCUGCAACACUGGGGCUCGGAGGAGGGACUGAAGGUGCUCAAGGGAUUGGCGGACUUGUACACCAGCUUGGUUUGGGAGAGCACCCUUCUAUUGGCCUACUGCAGCGACGAUCUCAUUCCGGCCGAUUGCGACUUCACCCGAGAAGACAUCGAGAAGUUGAACGCAUUCUUCGAUAGGUGUGAGGGAAAUUCAAGCGGUGAUACCACCGGUAAUGUGGCUUCCGCCAUGGAGGCCCUUUCAACCAAUCCGCCCCCAAUUUCCAUGGACGUGGAUGGCGAAAAUUCAGUUACAAUUAACAAAGGCCCCGGUCAUAAUUUGAAAUACAUUAAGCCAUUGCUGGGCGCCUCGUCCAGAUUGGGCCGUGCGUUGGCCGAGUUGUUCGGUUUGCUUGUAAAAUUGUGCGUCGGUUCCCCGAUAAGACAACGAAGGGGGCAGAACAUAGUCGCCGCCCCACCAUUGCCUUCGCCUUACGCCCGCAACGUGGCCACCGUUUUAAACUUGCUGCUGGCCGAGGGUCUCGAUUGCGAUAAAUUGCCGUCGUGUCCGACGCCCAAGUGCGGCCUGACUUUUUUGAUAUGCAGCGUCGGUUUUACCAGUCCCAUGUUGUUCGACGAGCGCCGCUAUCCCUACCAUCUUAUGCUGAAAAAGUUCGUUAACCUUGGCGGACAAAAAACGUUCUUUAAGACUUUCGAAUGGGCAAUUAAUGCCGGCGGACAAAACAACUUGGAGGAAGGAGUCGAGUACACUUCGCUGCCGGAAGGCUCGUUGGGAUUUUUGGACGCCUGGUUGACCCUAUUAGAAAAAAUGGUCAAUCCAAAAGCCAUUUUGGAAUCGCCGCACACCAUUUCCAGCCGUAACACGCAGAGUAGCAACUACAAAAACUACACGUUUAAUCCUUUAAAAUACUUAAUCGAUAUUCACAAGCUUGCCUUCGAAAGUGUGAUAUUAUUAUGGGGUAAAACACCACUACCGGCCAGGAUGACGGAAACUUUGCUCACAAUUUUAAGACAUAUAUUUAGAGGUGAAAAAAUCAUCAAGGAAAAAUUAAAGACCGAGGAGAACAAACCGGAAAGCACGGCGGCUGCCUCUUCCUCCUCGACAUCGUCCACGUCAGCUAGCGCUAUCGCUAGCGCCUCAGGGCCCAGCACCACGCCAGCCACGCAAACUCCACGCGACGACGACAACUUGAGACAACUCGUAGAUAUGGGUUUCUCGGAAGAGCACGCCAUAGAAGCUCUGGCUCACACUGUCAGCCUUGAACAAGCCACCGAUUAUUUACUGAUGAACCCGCCCCACUUGAGACGCGGUUCCCAAUCCAUGGAGGUCGACUUGGCCGAAGACGACCAAGUCAUGCAAGCCAUCGCGAUGUCGUUGGGCUGCGCCGGAUCUCCUGAAGCUCCGAAGAAAAAAGAAACUCCACCGCCGGUCGAAGACACUCAACAAUCCUUCGAGAAAAUGAUCGACGAAUUUACCACGCACGCACUCGAUGUGUGCUUGAAAUUACUUGACGUUAUACCCGAUGUUGUGCAUAAAGUGUGCGAACUACUCGUAACUAUAAUGAAACGUAAUGGAAGAGUUUACAGAGAUAACUUACUAGACACUUUGGUAGAAAAAAUACGCGAGAACGCGGAAAUAGUGGCUUUCGCCACGCAGAAUCCACCAAAUGUGAUGAGUUAUUACUCGUUAACAGAAUCGCCGUUUUCAAACCGUUUGGCUCACUACACUCACCUACUUAUACUCUUUUUCGAAGUUUUCUCCUACUUUGAAAUGAAAAUCCCUUGCGGUUUUGCCGUUCACAAGUCCCAGCUACUUGAACUUAUGAUUAAAUUGAUUACUUCCGCCGAACAUCAUAUGACUGCUCUUAACGCAUCCCGCGAACCAAAAUGGUUGGCACCAGCCUUCCUAUUAAUCGAUGCCGUGUCGAAAGUAUCGGUUUGCACGCAUAGAAAAUUAAGCAUGCAUAAAAGUACCAAUAGAGUUUGGAGAUGGUAUGACUUGGUCAGCGGAAAAUGGACGCCAUAUUUAAGCUCCAACAACAAACUUAUAAACGACGCCUAUUGGAAUGGCGAGCAAAGCAUUCGAGUUACAUGCGGCAGAAAAAGAUACACCGUAACUUUUGCCAAUAUGCUUCAAGUCAAUGACGAAACUGGCAAUAACAGACCAAUUACCAUGACUCUCAUGACUUUUGGUCACCCUAGUUGUUCUGAUAUUACUCAAGUUGCACCCGAGGGAGCGAUUUUCGCGGAAUUAACUGAAAAAGAGGAAAAACGUUGCGUGCCAGUGCAAGGAUUUCAAAAAACAAACGACAAAGACAUCGUGGCUGCUUGCGUUAAGCUAAUGCACUUGCAAAUCGAAAAGGAUUUACUGCAUUCAGUCUUACAAAUCUGCGUAAGAUUGACAAGAGAUUUUGAGAACGCAAAAGAGUUCGUUAAAUUAGGCGGCGUAAAAUGCUUGCUGAAAAUGAGACAGACUUGCGACUUUGGCGGCUUUGGCAUUCUUGCCACAAUUUUAAUAAGACACUCAUUGGAAGAACCAAACACUCUUUCCUUUGCAAUGGAGAAAGUUAUUAGGUGUAGAACACUUGCAACUAUUCCUCCACCCUACAAAGACUUGAUUUACCUUACCAGACAAAUUGGCGGGGCUAUCACCAGAGCUCCUGAUGUUUUCUUCGAUGUAGCCAAAACGAUUAUGAGGGUUGAUAUUAAUGCCGGCAAAGAGGGUGAUUCAGUCGAUGCUACUUUGCCUAUAAGAGCCGAGCCGCCUACAAGAACUAAAGCGCCACCGUUAGAAGAAGCCAUUUCGAUGGAGGUCAUAAACGAUCUUCUUGAUUCCUUGUUAAAACCAUUGGAAUAUCCAGAACAAGAAACAACUUCGGAACCAUCGAGUCCCGAAGAUGCCCCCAAAGCGCAAACAAGCGCUGAAGUUGUCAAAGUUAUUGAUGCAGUAGCAGAGGCAACUUUAAAUCUUGCAUCAGGUUCUUCCAUCAAUAAAACGUCCGCGGAUUCUACUGCGGCCACAAGCGAGAAAAAAUCUGAAAUCACGAAGAAAAAGCCGAUGCUUCCAAAGUCCGUCAUUCUCAAAAUAUUAGCAGAUGCUGUAGUUUCGUUUGGACCAAUCGCCAAGCUGAUAGCUGAGUAUACAUUUAAAGCUAACUGCGCCGAUAUAAUUAAGGAGGACACAUCAGCGCUGGCUUUUAUUUUUGAUAAAAUUUUACCGGAAACCGAUAACAUUUCCGAUGCGGAUUGUUCAACAAUGUGUCGCAUGCUUAUUGCAGCCAUCGCGUCCAGCAACCAUUCACCAGAGGCGCAACUUAUUUUGGUGACGGAAGUAAAAGUUGCAUUAAAUAGAGCCCUACUGUUGCCAGAGUCAUCGGAGAAGCAUUCGCAGGUGCAACAUAUAUGCAGCAUUAUUUCAACGAUGAUUGAAAAUUGUCCGCCGGCUCAUAACAGAUGGACCAACAAUCACGUCAAUAAUAUUGUCAAAAUAAUGAUCCGUCGUGGAGUAUUUAAUGAUUUGGCCAAAGUAACACACUUUUUGGACUUAUCGUCGCCUUAUACGCCAUUCACAGCAAACGCAGCGUUAAAGCCGUUAGAAUCGUUGUCGAGAAUUCAACCAUCUCCGAAUAGUUUGCAAAAUAAAGCUAGAAAAAGCACGCAAAACGCAGGUACUCAAAGUGGAACUUCAACUGAGGGCACAAAUGCUCAAGGCGAUGAAUUAGAAGACACAGAAAACACUGAGCAUGAUAUUUCGAACGUUGCGUCAAGUUUGGAGCCGAAUCCUGUAGCAGCAAGUGAAGGCGAGUCAGUUCUUGAAGAAAUGAUGGAACAUAUUCUGGAACACAGAAAUAACGAGACUAAUCAGACUUAUGAUGUAGCAUCACAGAGAAAUCACACGAUGGAUAUCGAUGAUGACGGCAACCUUACCUACGAUCACGAACGUGAUGCUACCGAGGAGUUAAUGAGUACCGAUUCUGGCGAAUCCGAUUCGAACCCAUCUGAUCAAGUUGAAGACGAGGAUAAUGAAGAUGGGGACGGUGAUGACGAUAACAUCGACGAAGGAGACGAUAACGAAGACAAUAACUACGAUGAUGAUGACAUUUUGGAGCGCAGAAUGAGCGUACUUGAUAAUGGAUUAGAUGAUAGAAUGUUUCGUAUCGCUUCUCACUUGGAUAGAGAGGAGGACAUCCUAAUGAUUCAAUACACAGAUCAUGCCAGUGACAACGACGCUAUCCCCAGAAUGGUUCGUUGGAAUGAGAACGGCUUUACAAUUCCCAUCAUGGAUGAAGCCAACAAUUCCACCGAUCAAUCAGGAUCUAUUGUUCACCCUUUGUUGAUGUCGCGUAACAGUACUGAAACUAAUUCCAACACCGCGACAAGAACACAAAGAGCCAACAGGGCUAGAAGAUAUCAAUACUUAUUUAGCCCUAGAAAUCCAAACCCGCCUGUUAUUUUGCAAAGAUUGCUAGGUCCGCACGACCCUCACAUCGCCCUAGGGGGAGCCAACAAUUUAUUGGGAGGCGGUAAUGAAAUGCGCGAUAAUGCUCGCGUAGUUGUCAUGGAUAACUUUAGCUUGCUGCCGUCUCACGAAGAACAAAUCGAUUUUGUUGACCAAUCUGGAUAUUUGUUUGGGCCAAGCCUUGCAGCCACAUUGAGCCAUGUCCCGCCAGUUUUGCACUGGUGGAAUAUAGAAUCCAAAUGUCUCGAUUUAGAAUCGGUGUAUGACUGCACAACAUCAGUCUGCAACAAACUUAUUCCAAUAUUAAUAAAAUAUAAAAACGAGGAAAUGCAGUCUCAGAAAGGCAAAGAUGAUAAAACUAAAACUAAAAGACGUAAAUUAAAACCAAUAAAGUGCGAUUAUGGCUCAGAACCUGUGCUCAUUAACUUUUUGGACGAUGCUAAUCUUACGGACAGCAAUUCGGCUGGCGGUAAUCAAAAUACUCAAGAUGAUGAGGACAUCGAUGGCGUACCAUUGCCUGAAUCGAACGAAAGAUCAUCAGCUGAACCAACCGCUCCGAAUCCUAAUCCAAAUCAACAAGAGACUGCUGCCGUAGAGGAUGUCGCCUAUAACAUUUUUCAAGAAAGUAUGCGUCAAUUGGAAAAUCCAGAGGCUGACCAAGAGGCGAAUCGCGAAGGUGACAGUGAACAAUCCGAGUCAAAUGAACCUUCAGAAGCCCCGGAAGAGGUCGAAAGAGAUCCAACCGCAGCUGGCCAAGAACGAGUUGAAGACGGAGCUAAUCCGUACGAAACGACUUUGUUACCCUCAUUAAGAUCGCAUAGACUUGUUUUGCCCAGAGUGCACUUCUUUGGCGUGGCAGUACAACCCGAGGUUGAUGUGUGCAGCAGUACGCCAUGUUUAUCUUCUGAACAAUUUUUCCCUAUCCCAGAUUUAUUCCCUAUCCCUGUCUCCAAUAAUGAAUCCGAGCAAAACGAAGGUGCAGAAGGCGGCGCUUCUACAAGAGCUCCCGCUGCCGAUGAACCGCCGACAACAACUCCAGAAGACACCACCACCACCACUGAACAACCUCCACCUCCACCACUACCACCACCGACUGAAACAGCUCAAGCCGCCGAUGUAGUAAUGAACGAACCCGGAACUAGUUCAACAACUCCUGCAAGCGACGAUAUACCGGAAGGAGUGGAUCCUUCUUUUCUAGAAGCUCUACCGCCAGACAUGCGCAGGGAAGUGCUAGAGCAGCACAGGAUUUUGUGUCUGCAACAAAGACUCGCCUCGGGCACCGCCGCUGGUACGGCUGCAACAGAGCAAACGAAUCCGAGCACUUCGACCGAAGUCAGCCCCGAAUUUUUGGCCGCACUUCCUCCGGCAUUGCAAGAAGAAGUUCUGACUCAACAAAGAUUGGAGCAACAACGUCAAGCCGCUGCAAGAGCCAAUCCGAACGAGCCUGUAGAUGCCGGCGCCUUUUUCGACACCCUACAGCCUUCAUUGAGGACAAUGAUUCUUUCCGAUAUGGAAGAUUCACAGAUGUCGGCUUUGCCUCCAGACUUGGCGGCCGAGGCUCAAACUCUGCGUCGCGAUUGGUACGCUAGAAAUCGUCAGAUGGCGCAAGAGCGCUUUUUGCAAAGCAACUUGACCACCAUUAUCAGACAAUCGAGACGUCAUACCUUACGUCCGACCAGUUUUCAAAGAAGCCAAUGGUCACAGUGGAACCGAGACUUCAUCAACAAUCCCACUCAACCCAACUCGCAUUUAAAAAUUCGAGGUAGGCAACUAUUAGACCACGAGGGAUUGUGCUGUUUGCUAGUACUGUUAUUCACUGAUGACCCACAUCUAAACAAACUUCGUCUGCAUAGAGUUAUAAGGAAUUUAUGUUAUCACGCCCCAACAAGGGAGUGGAUUAUUAACGCUUUACUAUCCAUCAUCGAUAAAAGUGUGCAUGUUAAACCGGAAGAGAACGUUGCCAAACCAAUGAGAAAAAUGCCGAAGCCAGGCCCGCUAUCCAGCAAACUAAUGACAGACUCGAAGUUGCUCCAAAAUGGCGGAAAUUGGUUGAACAUACGCAUGGAGGCGGCUCUGGGUUGCUCCGCUAACGUUUUUAUCGUAAACAAAAGCAGCGGCAAGCGAAGCGAACGAACUGCCCAGGCUAGUGUUGGCAUUCAUCCACAGGCUGCGCCUAUUGUCUGCAGAAACACUUUGGAUUUAUUCACGUCUUUGGCCAAGGCCUUCCCUUCGUGCUUAUUGCCAAUAAAAGCCAUCAGAGAUGACAAGGAAGAGAAAAACGUUGUGACUCCAGUUAAAGUAAAGCCUGAGGGAAGCCAGGACUUCUGGGAGGUCCUUUUAAGAUUGGAUUCCGCUAGCGUAAAGAAAGGAAAGAGUAUACCAAAGAGCGCAAGCAGCAGCCAAAGUGUAGAGAUCGAAUGCAACAUCACUUUCGAACAGUCCGUGUUUGGACAACUAUUAAGCAUGUUGGCCUCGCCUGUUGUCAACAGAAAUACUCAACUGACCGAUAAUCUUUUGAAAUUGCUGUCGGUUACAACAUCUGGAAUGCCUGAGCUAUGCAAACCUCCAACAGGAAGCGCAAAGUUUAGCAAAAAAGGCCAAAAACCAGACGAUGCAAGUACACCAACUCACGCUCUUAAUCUGGCCGUAAACGUUAUCACCUACAAGAACUGCUCCGAGGAAGGUCUCGAAUUCAUAACAAAUCUACUUCUCAACCUAGCCGGCUCAUCAUUGGAUAUGAGCUUCAUGAUCCUUAAACUUCUUCUCAACGGCGCCAUCCAAAUCGGCAACAUUGUCGAAGAUCAAAUACACAACAUGCUGAAAGACCUAAGAGAACUAAACAACGUUCAAAAGAAAAAGCUUGCCGACGAAGCGGGCCCUUCGACAUCAAAAGGCGUCAUAUCCAACAGAUUUACCAAAGAAACAGUCAUAAUAACGGCUUCGUCAAAAGUAAAAACUUCCUGCGAACUACAACUACCCUCUAUGGUGCCUUUAACUUCCAAGUCUUCAAGUCAAAUCUUCUUCUUAAGAGUUUUGAGAGUCAUCGUGCAAAUCAGGAACUCUAUCAAACAGAACAUGAAGAGAGCCAUCGAUAUUUCGAGUUCUUACGAUCUGCAUGCUUUAAGCGAGCAGCUAAACAGUUUGGACAGUUUAUGGGAAACUCUUAGUCAGUGCCUUUUAGAGCUGGAACACACUCCAGACCACCACGCCGUCCUUGUUUUACAACCUGCCGUGGAAGCCUUCUUUUUGGUUCACUCGCCGCAACAGGGCGCGUUCAAAGCCAAAGACGUAGUUGAAAACGCGGAGCAGCAGCAACCGGCCGCGCCAAACGCAGCUCAACCGACAACGAACGCUCCGGAAGUGGCGCAACAGGCAGCUGCUGUAGCCGCCGUGGCUGCACCGGCUCCCCCGCCAGCUGCAGCUGCACCGGCUCCGGAGAUGGAGGUGAAAGCCGACAGCAGCAAAAGUGUGCCGGUACCGCCCGAACAGCUUCAAUUCCUCACGUUCGCCGAAAAGCACAGGACCGUGCUCAACCAGAUUUUGCGACAGAGUACCGCACACCUCGCCGACGGUCCCUUCGCGGUGCUGGUCGAUCACACCAGGAUCCUCGACUUCGAUAUCAAGAGGCGCUACUUCAGAACCGAGUUGGAACGCAUGGAUCAUGGAGUUAGGCGCGAGGAAACCGCCGUUCAUGUUAGGCGGAGCAACAUUUUCGAGGACUCCUUCAGGGAGCUAUUCAGACGACCUGCUGAAGAAUGGAAGAACAGAUUCUAUAUUGUCUUCGAAGAUGAGGAAGGUCAAGAUGCUGGCGGCCUUCUCAGGGAAUGGUACGUUAUUAUAUCGCGCGAUAUAUUUAAUCCGAUGUACGCUCUAUUCACCGUCUCGCCCGGCGACAGAGUCACAUACAUGAUCAACUCUGCAAGUCACUACAAUUCCAACCAUCUGUGCUACUACAAAUUCGUAGGCAGAGUAAUAGCCAAGGCUAUUUACGAUAAUAAGCUUCUCGAGUGUUACUUCACGCGUUCGUUCUACAAGCAUAUUCUCGGCAUCCCGGUGAAGUACACCGACAUGGAAAGCGAAGAUUACAGCUUCUACCGAGGCUUAAUUUAUCUAAUGGAGAACAACAUUAACAAUUUGGGCUUGGAUUUGACAUUCAGCACGGAAAUAAACGAGUUCGGUGUCACCGAAACCAGAGACUUGAUACCGAACGGCAGAAAUGUGUCUGUGACUGAAGAAAACAAGAUGGAAUAUGUUCGGCUGGUUUGUCAAAUGAAAAUGACGGGAGCUAUUAAGCAACAGUUGAAUUCGUUCUUAGAAGGAUUCUACGAUAUUAUACCUAUGCGACUUAUUUCGAUAUUCAAUGAACAAGAAUUAGAGUUAUUGAUUUCCGGCUUGCCGAAUGUAGACAUAGACGACUUGAAAGCUAAUACCGAGUAUCAUAAGUAUCAAACCAACUCUCUUCAGAUCCAAUGGUUCUGGCGCGCUCUGAGAUCGUUCGAUCAGGCGGACCGUGCGAAGUUCCUGCAGUUCGUUACUGGAACUUCGAAGGUUCCUCUACAAGGAUUCGCAGCUUUGGAAGGUAUGAAUGGGGUCCAGAAGUUCCAGAUCCACAGAGACGAUCGUUCAACUGACCGGCUGCCUUCUGCACACACUUGCUUUAAUCAACUUGAUCUUCCUGUUUACGAAACUUACGACAAGUUACGUUCCUACCUGCUGAAAGCGAUUCAUGAGUGUUCUGAAGGCUUCGGCUUUGCUUAAAUAAUAUUUUAUUGUUAAGACUGAUGAAAAAGUGUUAAUUCUUGUUUAUAUCAGUAGGUAGUUUUACUUUGUAUAUAAAAAAAAUAAAACAUUACUGUACAGAAAGCACGUAAACUGUAAUAUAAAGUUAUUUUAAGUUUUAUAAGCAACAAACUAAAUUUUGUUAUCUGUAAGUGCAAAUUUCCGUUUCAGAUUUGUAAAGUUACUAAUAUGAAGGCACAUGUAUUUUUGUAAAGGGCCCUAAGGCAAUUUGAGCGUGAUAGAAUGAAUUUGAUUUACUCAAAUUCACUCCUUCUUUAUAUUAACCAAUUUAGUAUUGUUAUAUUGGAUUUUUUUAUUUUUUUGUUAAUUUUUAAAGGUGAUUACCUGUAACUUAUUGCUGGUUUCUUUUUGGUUUUAAUAAUUAUUUAUUUCUGAAACUUGGAUUUUUUAGAGGUUUUCUUUAAUUUAACUUCAAGUUGCUGAAAAUAUUGAAUUUUUAUUACCAUUUUUUUUAAGUAAGUCUAUGUCAAAUGUGUAAAAACAAUAACUACAUAUUACAUUUAAUGUGAUUUAUUUUGUAAAAUUCUAUAAAAUAAAUAAAUGUUAAAUAUACACUCAAUAGUAUAUCUAUUAAAUAAAAACAAAUAAAUGAAGUGGUAAGUAAGUAAAACAAGAUGUACUUUUUACAUAACUAUUAUUUU